CUAUGGAAGGACUUGAGAAUAUGGCAUUCGUAUCAAAUGCAGUGAGCCUUGUGACUUACUUCAAUGGUUAUAUGAACUUUGGCCUGACUAAGUCAGCCACCACACUCACAAACUUCAUGGGCACAUCAUUUCUAUUGGCACUGUUUGGAGGGUUCAUCUCAGACACAUAUCUGUCCAGAUUCAAGACAUGUGUCCUCUUCGGAUGCGUCGAACUCAUGGGAUAUGCUCUUUUAACUGUCCAAGCCCACUUCGAUAUCUUUCGGCCCACUCCAUGCAAAGGCGUGGCGCUACUCAGCAACGGCCAAUGUGAGCCCGCGAAGGCGGGCCAAUCUGCAAUCCUGUACUCUGGAUUGUACCUCGUGGCGCUGGGAACGAGCGGGGUCAAGGCGGCACUACCGUCGCUCGGGGCAGACCAGUUCGAUGAGAGGGACCCAAUGGAAGCGGCCCACCUCUCAAGUUUCUUCAAUUGGUUCCUCUUUAGCCUGACCAUCGGAGCGUCGGUCGGGGUGACGUUCGUGGUCUGGAUCAGCUCUAACCAGGGGUGGGACUGGGGGUUUGGUGUGUGCACCGUCGCGGUCUUCUUCGCCAUCGUGUUCAUCUUCAUGGGCAGGUCUACUUAUCGGAACAACGUCCCGGGAGGCGGGUCCAUCCUUCGGGUUCUACAGGUAUUAGUAGCUGCCACUCGGAACUGGAGGCUACCAGUACCGGACUCUGCAGAUGAACUGCAUGAGUUGCAUGACAAGGAAACGGGAAUCCAAAUUGAAAUUCUUCAAAGAACUAACCAAUUCAGGUUUCUCGAUCGAGCGGCCAUAUCAAGGAGUAUUGAGGAUGUAUCGUCACCACACAUUGGCGGAUCAUGGAGAAUUUGCACAGUGACCCAAGUGGAAGAAACGAAGAUUCUCCUCCGAAUGCUUCCAAUCAUACUCAGCACAAUAUUCAUGAACACAUGCCUGGCCCAGCUACAGACAUUCACGGUCCAACAAGGUGUGACCAUGGACACAAACCUCUUGGGCUUCCGCGUUCCGGCCCCAUCACUCCCUGUCAUCCCUCUCCUCUUCAUGGCCCUCCUCAUCCCCCUCUAUGAUCGCAUCUUCGUCCCAAUAGCCCGUAAGAUCACCGGCAUUCCCACAGGCAUCCGUCACCUCCAACGCAUUGGAAUUGGGCUAGUCCUAUCAGCGAUCUCAAUGGCGAUCGCCGGUGUCGUCGAGACACGUCGAAAAUCAGUCGCAGUCCAUCAUGGCAUGGUCAACUCCAUCGACCCAUUGCCGAUAAGCGUCUUCUGGCUCGGGUUCCAAUACGCAGUCUUCGGCGUCGCCGACCUGUUUACGCUCGUGGGUCUGCUUGAAUUCUUCAACGGCGAGAGCUCGGUAGGUAUGAAGUCACUUGGGACUGCCAUUUCAUGGUGCUCCUUCGCUUUCGGGUACUAUGGGAGCUCAGUAGUGGUAGAAGUAGUAAAUCAAGCAAGUGGAGGAUGGUUGGCUGGAAAUAAUUUGAAUAGAAGUAAGUUGAAUUAUUUCUAUUGGCUGUUGGCUGGUUUAAGUGUUUUGAAUUUUGGGGUGUAUUUGCUUUGUGCUUCUUGGUACAAAUAUAAGAAGGUGGAGGUUAAGAAGAUGGCUCAUGUUAGCAAUGGGGUGGAGGAUAAGGAAUAUGGGGUGAAGUUUAAGGGAUGA